CACGGCGGUGCCACACGCUACGAGCGGCGACGCGUCGACUGCGAGGCUGCCCAUCGCACGCCAUCGACGCGAUAAAUUAGCUAGCUGCAGCAAGGCCGUGCACCGGCAGUGGCGGCACCAAAAGACACGAUUGACAUGAGCAUCUCAUGAGCAGGCUGUCAUAGCACCAUGCGGCGCCUGCUGUGGUGCCUGCUCGGGUGGGCGGCCGCGCGCGCCGACACGAACACCACGCGCCAGCGCCUCAGCGUCCUGCCGAAGGCCUGGCUCUUCGGCUCGGCCGACGACCGCCUGAGGAAGAAGCGUGUCGCGCUGCUCAUGGCGGGCAAUGUGAGGACGCACGACAGCUGCGCGCCGUCCAUACGAAAACACCUGCUCGAGCACAAGUACAACGACCGCUGGCGCUUCGAGGUCGUGGCGCUCGCGUACAAGGAGCGCUUCGGCAAGGCCAUCCACAAGGACGCCGUCUCCAAGACCUGGACGCAGGGCAAGGACGUGACCGACCUAGAUAUCCGGAAACAUUAUAUGACGUGGCCCUGCCACGUCAAAAUUGUGGACGAAGAGGCCGUCAAGAAGUCCAUCAAGAAGCCGCCGACGUCGCCGCACUUCGCGCGGUUCACGUACAUGUUCCGCAUGCUCCGGGACACGUACGUGUUCAUGGACUCGCUAGGAACCUUCGACGGCGUCGUGCGGUUCCGGUUCGACUUGAAAUUACUCGCGCCGUUCAAGCUACACAACUUUGAAUGUGAUAAGUGUGUUGUGGUUCCUGGUCGCAUGCAGCCGGGCCCGGCGGCGAUGCACCUCGGGACGAACUGUGGCGGCGGCAGGCUCUGGGUCCAGGACCACGUCGCAUAUGGUGGUAGGAACGCGAUGCGCGCCUACUUCGUGGACACUUACGAGAAGUAUGAUCGGGGGGGCCGGCCGCCGCGCCAGAAGCAGGUCGAGGCGCAUUUAGCGUCUGUCCUGAAGGAGAAGGGCGUCGCCGUCAAAUGCGACACGUCGAUCAAGUACACGAUCGUUCGGUAA